AUGCACGACGGAUUUCCUCACGGUACCAUCUGCAAUUUAUCCACUCACGCGCUCGAUCAAACAAUUAAAAAAUUCUGGGAGAUCGAGGAAGCUCCCACGAAGAAACUGUUUUCGGACGAAGAAUCCGCGGCUGAAAACCAUUAUAAACAGCACACGCGACGCGAUUCCGAUUCCGGAAAAUACAUUGUUAGUCUUCCCUUUAAGGAAGAACACGCACUUGGCGAUUCAUACGCAACCGCUCUCAAACGAUUUUACUCACUCGAGAAAAACCUCGCGAAAAACACGGACCGCAAGCAGCUAUACGUUGAUUUCAUGAACGAGUAUGCUGUCUUGGGUCAUAUGUCCGAACAACAACACGACAAUAAACGUGAGAGCUAUUAUCUGCCGCAUCACGCAGUAUUCAAGGAGAGUAGCCUCACUACGAAGCUCCGCGUUGUUUUCGACGGUUCGGCGCGCACAGCUUCAGGAAAAUCGUUAAACGACACGCUCAUGGUUGGCCCCACAAUACAAGACGAUCUUUUCGCGUUAAUAAUUCGCUUUCGCUCGCACACAUACGUCUUAACCGCGGACAUCACCAAAACGUACCGACAGACGUGGAUUCAUCCAGACGAUCGCCAAUGUCAAAAGAUAUUGUGGCGAGAUGAUCCAAUCAAACCCAUCAAGACCGACACACUCAACACAGUGACAUACGGAACAUCCGCGGCACCGUUUCUGGCGAUACACUCGCUUCAUCAAUUAGCCGAUGACGAGGCGUCUCUAUUUCCGAAGGGAGCAGCCAUAAUGAAAGCAGAUCUUUACGUCGACGACUUAUUAACUGGAGCACGAUUAAUAGGACCAGUAAUAGUAUGGGCGAAACUUCUGAUGCAACGACUGUGGCAAUUACGCGUGGAUUAG